CUUUUUUCUCUUCGUCGAGGGUUGCGGAGAGGGGUGGCCGCGGGGGUGCGAGCCUGCUGGCUGCUCCCGCGCGUCAGACGGCUCCUUGGCGUCGGCGGUGAAGCAAGCAAAGAUGAACCUGUCCGUCUGCCUGCAAUGCCAGCCGCAAGACAACCUCACCUCUCACCCGCACGACCGGCCGCUGCACAAACUGAUCGGAUGGAACGUGAAGAGCGAGGAUUUGGAGCAAAUUCCGCGCCACUGGCUCUCGUACGAAGCGCCCGAGCCGGCCGUGCACUAUUUCCUCGGCUCCGUCUACGUAUUGCUGACCAUCGCGGCGCUCGUCGGCAACGGACUGGUCAUCUGGAUUUUCAGCACAGCUCGAGCGCUGCGUUCGGCAUCAAAUGUGUUCGUGAUCAACCUGGCCGUGGCCGACUUCCUCAUGAUGUCCAAGACGCCGAUAUUCAUCAUCAACUCGUUCCACGAGGGCUACGCUCUCGGUCACGUGGGGUGCCAGCUGUACGGCCUGGUCGGUGCCUACUCUGGCUUCGUGCAGGCCGCUUCCAACGCCUGCAUCGCCUACGACAGAUACAAGUGCAUCUCGAGCCCUCUGGACGGCAAAGUGGGCAAAAAGAAAGCAAUCACUUUGGCCCUGCUGACCUGGACGUGGGCCACCCCCUGGGCGCUGCUGCCCCUCUUCCAGAUCUGGGGCAGAUUCGUGCCAGAGGGCUAUUUGACGAGCUGCACGUUCGACUACAUGAACCAGGGGCUGUCGAACCGUCUGUUUGUGCUGACCAUCUUCGUUUGCGCGUACCUCAUUCCCAUGUCUCUGGUCAUCUACUUCUACUCGCAGAUCGUCGGCCUUGUGGUCGAUCACGAAAAGGCGCUCAAGGAACAGGCGAAAAAGAUGAACGUCGAGUCGCUGCGCCGGCGAAUGAAGGCCAACACCUCGGCCGAGAUCCGCAUCGCCCGCGCCGCCAUCGGCAUCUGCCUCCUCUACGUCAUCUCGUGGACACCCUACGCCAUCGUCGCACUCAUAGGCGUCUUUGGAAAUCAGGCGCUGCUGAGGCCGGAAGUGUCGAUGGUGCCGGCGCUGUUCUGCAAGCUGGUGGCGUGCGUGGACCCGUACGUGUACGCCAUCAGCCACCCGCGGUACCGCGCAGAGCUCAACUCGAGGUGGCCGUGGCUGCACAUCAAAGAGCCGCCGGCCCCGACGCCGCACUCGGAAAACGCGUCCCUUGGCAGCCAGGCCGCCGCCUCGCUCUGAACCCAAUCCGACAAAUGGAUCGACCCCGACUCGCUGCUCUACACGCACUUUUUCAUCUCGUCGACACAUCAAUUUGCGACUUUUUGUCCCUCGACACCCCUAUUUUUGAUUGCCGAAUUUCAUGCGGCAACGUCUGCUCUUCUAAAUUACUUGAAAAUUUUACUAAAAAAUACGAAAAUCAAUUAAGUAAAGAGUUUUAAAGGUUAAAUGAUGAUGUUAUGUAAUUUUUGCUUCUGUAAAAAUUUAAAAAAUUAUUUCAAACGAUUCGAUGAAACUAAAAAAGUAUGGACGAUUUUUUUAAAGAACAGAAAUAUUACGGUGAUUAUUAAUUUAUUUAUUUGAAAUACGUCAGAGUGGACCAAAGCAAUGCUCAAAAAUUAUUUGGAAAAUAGUUGUGUUUUCGACAAUCAUUUAAAAUAUGCACAAAGCAAUUCAACCCCCAAUCCUCGUGAAGUGGGACGUCAACAGAGUUUAUCUGAUUUAAAUAAUCAUUUUAUGACAGACAUUCAAUAACCGUGUAUUUUUUUUCACGCGAUUUAAUAAAGGUCUCAGUUUCUCCUUACUAACAAUUAAAGUGAAUAAAAAAGUGACGCGCGCUGAAGAUUUGUACUUUAACAUAAUCAUGUCAGAACUUCGGAACCAUCGAGAGAAUCAUUUUUUAACAUGACGUGAAUGAAAACGCCUGCAGAAACGCUGAGUUAUGCAACCUGCACGACCUAUUUUCAAACUAUUGCGCAAGAAUUUAACUAAACAUAAACAAUUUUUCAGGAUAUUAAAUAACCAACAAAAAAAUAAAUAUCAAAUCAAAAUCUUGAAAGCGGUGAAUGUUAAAAAUAAAAAAACUUCAACCAAACAAAAAUCUAAAACAUCAGAAAAUUCCCCCUUGACGCCCCAUCCACGAUUCUCACACAGUGUUUUAGUCUAAUAUAUGUACAUAUAACCAAUUAUAUUGAUUUGAAGAAGAUUAUAUUAGUCUCCGACAAUAAAUUGUGUCAGCACACUCGGCGAUAAAAAUGACUUUUUUCGUAAAUGUCAGAGUAGAAGAGGUCAACGAACACAUUUCUAUAAAAUAUGUACAUACAUGUUCCGUGAAGAGGGCAGGCAGGACGACACUGCGCUGUUACAAUGAUUGUAUUUUUAUUACAACUUUUAUCGAAAUAAGGGGAAAAGGAGAAGCUUAGCCGCGUAAUCUUAAGACACACACACGUGUUUGUUGUUUGUUGCAUGUUGACUGUUUAAAUUAAUAACAAUCUCAAUGUGAUAUACACGCACUUUAACGAAACGUUUUCCCGGCAUAUCACCUGACUUCAGGGUAAUGUACCUCACCUCGACAACGACAUAAUUUUCAAAUAAAUCAGUCCGAUUUUAGCGAACUGGAGUGCUUUCUCAUGAAUAUUAAUCAAAAGCUUCUGCUCCGCCGAGUCUGGUUUCUAUAACGAUGCUCCCGUUAUUAAAUGCAGCGCGCGAACGGGCGGGCUUCAGGGUAAUCAAUAAAAUGUCGUGGAGCUCAAAAACAAAAUUAUUAAAUGUGUAGCUCAUCUCAUCGCCGCGUAAAAGCACCAAAGGCUUGCUCGUCAGCGUCAAAAGCAACGAGUUCGUUAUGCUCGUCGCUGCGUCAUCGCCGCAUAAAUGUUCAUACCUAAUCAAUUUCCAAUCUUUGAGGGAGGAAUUUAUUACUUUUUGUUCCAGGCAGACGAAAUAGCGCUUGAAGUAUAGUUUUAUUUUCCAUUGAAUGCAUUCAUUAGCUAAAUUUUAAUUAACUAUGUCCAUUCAAUUAUGCUGGUAAUUUCUACCAGUUAAAAUCGGAUGGUAAAAACGUGCCCUUUUUACUUUAAAAAAAAAAAUUAGAUCAAAAAGUGCUCGAAAAUUGGAAAUCCUUGCUAAUUGUAGAUGGCUUUCACGUAUAUAACCAUUUUUUAAUUAACAUUGCAAUUUUUUAAAAUUAUUAUAUCCUCUCAUGGGGAACAAUCCCCGGCUAGAAGUUUUCAAAAGGGAUGUUGAUUUUUGCCUAUAGUAAACAAGUUGCCACAAUGCGUCUGUCUGGAUUCUAUAUUUACUCUGUUAGAAGCACGAGCAAACAAUUCAUGGCACUACUAUGCCGGUUGCUUUGAAGGGAAAAACAUGUGUUUGUUUUUUAAUAGAACGCACUGCAAGAACUUUUGCGAGGGAGGAAACAUUUGUAUCUAUUUUUUUCGCUCCCUCAAAGGAGUGUUGUUUGCAGGUCAUGUUUGUUUAUGAGAUUGAUGUUGAACAAUUGUUGAAAACUUGUAUAGAUUUUGUCUGGUGUUGGAUAUCAAAUAAAUCAAUUGAAAGUUGUUUAAAAA